AUGAAAGGUUCGAAACACCUUUGUACACUGUUGAAUAAAGAACACACCGUGAAAAACAAUUUAUUAGCCAUUGGUGGGAACAAUGUCAAUUUGUUGAGGUCCCAGUGUCUCCCUCCUCUUCACAGACGCGUCUUUUAUCAUUCAUCGAGGACUACGAACGAAAGAGGGAGAGAGAGGCUAAUUCAUGGUGAUUCGUAGCUGCAUUGACCCGGUAUCGAUCACUUUCGAUUCGAUUUUAUGCGAUUAGCCACGGUGCACGUCGUUCUAAACGUAGCUAUAGGGAAAAGUCCCUUUUUACCGGUGGCAGCGUCGGAAACUUUUCGGAUUCAUGACACUUUUUUCCCCAUCUCUUCACGUCGAUCAACUUCGUGGAGUAACACGGAAGGGCUGAUGACAAAAAAGAAAAAAAAAAAAAAAAAAAAGAAAACGCUCGUUGCAACGAAGGGAAGGUUCGGUACCUUUCUUUCUCCUUUUUUUGUCUGGAGGCAGGGUGCAAUUUGGGGAUUGUGGAAAAUAAAGUACGUCACGGGGUCGGUAUUUACCUGCGCGUGACUCUAAUUUGAUAUUAAAGCAUCUUUGCAAAUAUUUAUUUUACUUGAUGUUGGAAUUAUUGAACAAGAUAGGGAAAAUUAACGAAACAUGAAAUGUUAAAAUGUAAAAAUUAUCGAAACAGUAUUUUUACAAAUUUACAUUAAUCAUUUACAUUACCGGUGGUCAACAAGUUCUACUAAGAAUUUACAACCGCCGAAAAUCACCGAUCGUAACAUAAUUGAAAAUGGCUAACUAACUAACGUAUGUAACAGCAAAUCAAUUACCUUCAUAUUUUUCCAUUACGAUCAUAGACAAUUGUGUCUCGCUACAAUGCCAAUGAAAUUUCAGAAAGCUUCGCGUAACGCGCGCGAUUCAUAUUCAUUCAAAAAUGUCACUCCACUAUGUCUGAUUAACUUCCCAACGUUAAGCAAAAAGAAACAUAUUUUAUUCUCCGGUCUAUAUCUCUUUUCUAACUUGCCACCAAUCUCAACAUAAUACCUCAAGCAAAUCCCAACGAGCCACCGCACCGUUCAAGCCUUGUGAAUUUCACAUGGAAUCUUCGACUAAAAAACACCGUACCCCAUCAUCCCCGUCGGGUUUACUUUCUAUUUGUACACGCCGCCAUUGUGGCCGCGUUUGUCGCCUGGUUCCCUGGCUUGCUUCUUGGCACGAGUGUGUGCCCGCGAAAGGCGAAAGGAGAAUGAAAAUAUUAUUGCUCGAUCCGCGUGCGCGUCAUGCAUAAAUGCAUCGAUCGCGGCGGUUUCCUCUCUCACUCUUGCUCUUUCCCUCCGUCUCCUUGUCGCCUCUCGCGGCAGCCAGCAAGCGGCUGUACAAACAACGAUAUCCACAAUGUUCGAGUUACAAGCAACGGAUUAGUAAUCGUGCUCUGUCUUGCGUAUGCGUUAUACGUAUUCUUUCCCUACACUUUCUGUCGCUCGUUCUACUGAAUGUUCUCGCUCUUCGAGCGAUUUCAAGAAAUUCGAACAGAAAUUCGGGAAUAUCGAGAACGAACUUGUGUUCAGCAGCGGUACAGAAUGAAAUACCGAUGAUUAAAGCUGAAAAUUUCUAUGGAAAUAAAAAUAGAUCACAAUAGAAUGAACUUUCUGAAUAUUUUACGAAAAAUCUCACCUAUAAAAUUUCACGUCUAUAAGAUAUCUAAGAAUUAUAGAUUGAUCAUACUUUGAUAACUUUCAUGGUUCUAGGCUAAAUUAUAUUUAACAAGACCAAUGAAUAGAUAUAAUAUACAUAUAUUAGAAUAUCAGUAUCAAUUAAAGAAUCGGUAUCAAUUCAAAGAAACAUUUCUUUCUGCCUGCCAUUGUAAAAAUUUCCAAGAUUUCAUAUCCGCGAAGAUCCUCAAAAUUACUGAUUAUAUUUUUUAUUGCCAAUCACACUUCGAAAGAAUACCCAUCGAGUCGUCACAUUUCUAACAAGAAAGAGUUCAAAACGUUUCCCCAAGCUUUCAAGUUUGUUCAACAUCAUUGCCUCGUAACUAAAAAUUUCGCGAAGCAAAUCGGAGUAACGUAGUGCCAACAAAACUGCAAUUAACGAAAACGAGCAAUGACAUCAAAUUCAAGACAAGAAGAAACGGAAGGAGAAACGGCGAAAAGAUGAAAAAUGGUAUAAACCGAAAAGAAACGGAGAAACGUUGGCGAAUAUACAGAAGGAGGGAUGCAUCAACAGGGAUGCGAAGGAGGAAAGAAAGAAAGAAAAUGGCAGGCCGAGCCCAGAAGCCUUCUCUGAAGGGAAGACAAAGGGUGAGCAGAGAAUUAAAAGUAUCGUGGACAAAGCCGCGGGACAAGACGCGGGAGCUCAUUUGGUGUCUACCGGUGAAUGGGCGUUCAUUAUGAUGCCUCCCGGACUAACAAUCGGGUUCAUUUUGUCUCUCCUGCUCGUGGCAACAAUGCUGCCCGGUCUGGAGGAGGUGAAGGUUACCGGGAAGAGGGACAGAGAGAAGACAGUUGGGCAGGAGGUGCCGUUUCUCCACCGCUAUAA